UUACGGGUGAUACUCGCCACACUACUACUACACAUUUUACCUUGGAUUAACUUUGGCUCUGGUCGUCGACGCGUACCACUGCAGUCAGUCACGGGGUGUAUAGCGCAGGAUAUUGUACGAUUUUCCCGAUCGGACCAGCUGCUGAAAUUCUGCCGCCAGAGGACGUAAGAUGCAGUGUAGCGAGCUGGGGGGCGCCGCGGGGCAGCGACUCGGCGGCGGCUGGGCCCGGACCGGCGGCUACGCGUCAUGGCGGCCCCAAUGAGAUCGACCUCGCAGGACGCCGCGGGCCACCGAGCGAGGGUGGCGGACUCCUCCACCAAGGGCGGGAACGCCAGCACGGCCACGAAACAGCAGCAGCAGCAGCAGCCAUCUGCAGCAGUAGUAGCGACCACACCAACGGACCACCAGCAGCCUCCCACCUCCACCAAUUUCGAAUACGAUGACAACGAGUGGGACAUAGGCAUAGGCGAUCUGAUAAUCGACUUGGAUGCGGACAUAGAGAAAACCAACGAAAGCAACAACCAGCAGCAACAGCUGAUGUCGACGAAUGCGGGGGGCGGGCCCCAGGCCUCGUCGAAGGCGGCGAACGCGACCGCGAAAAUGCACAUCGAGCACUCGGCCACCGCCGACAAGGGCCUUAAGAUGAAAAUUAAACGAACCAAGCCGGGCACAAAAACCUCCGAGGCGAAACACGAAAUUGUCAAAUCGAACGAGCAGAACGGCACCCCAGAACAAGCGGAUCAGCAGCAACAGCAACCACCCAAGGGGGGACCGGCGGGACAGCAGCAGGGCGGCGGCGGCGGCGGGGGCAAACACGGGGCCUCCAAUUCUGGCGGAAACGGCAACGGCCCGCCGCCUUCCGGCGCCACCCCUUCGCCGGCGGGCGUCGCAUCGUCGACUUUGGCGUCUUCCGCGUCGUUGGGGGGAAACGCGGGGGCCGGAAAGAGGGGCUCGAGCGGCCACCGUCGGGACAAGGCGCGGGACAAACAUAACGAAAGGAAUGUUCACGGUUCGUCAACUUCCAACUCGCUGUCGCAGCCGUCGUCGGUCUGUCAAUCGUCUUCCUCGACGUCGUCGUCGUCGUCGUCAUCUUCGUCUGCUUCGUCAUCGUCGUCGUCGGGUGACAAACAAUUAUCGAAAUGUGCCGGGGGGAUGCAGGGGGGCGGCGGCGGUGUUGGUGUCGGUGGUGCAGGAAGUGUUGGUUCGGUUGGUGUUGUUCAGAACUCGUGUGGGGCGGCCAUGUCGCUCGGGGGUGUGAAUAGCGCCGCGAGUGCGGAUAUAAACGGCAUGAUAAGGGCGGCGAGCGCUCCCCAACCGGGACCGCCGCGCUCGUUAUUCCCCGCCAGUACCGGCCCGGGGCCGCCGGUACCGUCGGGUCCCUCGCCGGGACCCCCUCAAAGUCCCGCGGCCGCCACCGCUCAAGGUUCCGCCGCCAAACCGGAACAAUCGAAAGUUGGGGCGGCGGGCGGGACCGGAGCGUGUCAGACUAACGUGGUGAACUCGACGUCGAUGGGAGGCGGCGGGAACGUCGGCGUGUCGGACGAUCCGAGAGUGAACAGCACGACGCCGCCGCCCAACAAGAAGAUUAAGUCCGAAUCUAAGGAAGUGAACGACGUCUGCGUAGGAACGAGCGUCGGUACCAUCACCGAACCGGAUUGUUUGGGUCCCUGCGAACCGGGUACCAGUGUGACCCUCGAGGGCAUCGUGUGGCACGAGACCGAAGGAGGUGUGUUGGUGGUGAAUGUUACUUGGAGGGGGAAAACGUACGUUGGCACCCUAUUGGAUUGUACCAGGCACGAUUGGGCGCCUCCAAGAUUUUGUGAUUCACCGACCAGCGAUCUAGAUAAUCGGACCCCCAAGGGUAGAGAAACUAGAUCGUCGGUGCACAGCAAACUUCGCAACGGCGUCGGCGUCGGCGCAAAGGGCGGAAGGCGGGGCGUGGCGAACGGCGCCGGUCCGUCGACCGGUCCUUCAUCGCCCACCCCCUUCAUACCGCCUCGGACCGAUAACAAACGGAAGGGCAGGGUAAGCGAGGACGAGACGCCCCCUAGCGGUAAGAAGGCGAAGGUGGUCGUGCCGCCGACCGUCGUGACCGCGGCGCCGCCCCCGUCAGGCAGCCCGCCACCAUCGCCCGUGUUACUCGAAUGCCCCGAGCCCAACUGCUCGAAAAAGUACAAACAUAUCAACGGGCUCAAGUAUCACCAGUCCCACGCCCAUGGAUCGGUAGCGGACGACGACGAAACUAAAGAUGUCACUUCCAUGUCAGAGAAUGACGAGUCGAACAUCGAGGCGCCGAGCCCGGUCACUCCAGUGAAAUCGCCGGAGAAGAGCCAGGAUAGUCCCCUCACUCCUGUCAAAAAGGAAACUACCGCUCCCUCGGAACUGCCGCUGCUGUUACGCGGAACCACCGCCUCAUCGGGGGCAGGUCUUCUUGAAACGGGCGCCGCUUCGUCGGCAGCCGCCGGGAGCGCUCCCGGCACGCCGCGUAGCACACCGCCCUCACCUGCCACGCCGCAGAGCGUCCAAGACUUGUCGUCAGUAGCUCUGGGGUCACCGAACGUGCCGCCCGUCGAACCGGUCGUAUCGAAACCCCAAGGACUCGUCAAGCCCGGCAUUUUGCGGUACGGCGCACCCGAAGAGUACCCGACUUCAGCGGGUUCCAUGGUGGCGGUAUUCGGUGGGGCGGGAGGCAAAGCGCCUGUCAACACGCCGCAGCAACUGAUGCAAGGGCGAAGCGCCGCUUCGUCGAUCCCUGUGCCGCCACAGGAUCAAAUGGCCGCCCAAGCGGAACCCAACCAAGCCCCUUUAUUCGCCAGCCAGUUACAAUCCCACGUCGGCAACAUGUCUGCGCAGCAACAGUUCGGCCAGCCGCCCAGCCUUAUCAUCCCCACUAAUCAGAGCCCCGCGCAGAUUCAGUCGCAACUGUCGCCCCACGCCCAUCCGCCUCAAUCGCCUAGUCAGACUGCGAAACUGACCCAGUUCAAGGUGAAACCAGCCUCCGCUCUGAUGCCCGACGACAAGAAGACUCAGAACGGCGGUGCCAGUCUGGGUAAGGCGCAGAGUUUCAAAAAGAAGAAUAGAAAAUCGCCAGCGGGUAGUCCGCAUCCGCCCCAAUCAGAUCAAUCGAUAUAUGGAAUGGAACACGGUGGAAGGGACGAGGUUCAAAGUCCGGCGUAUUCGGACAUUUCUGACGACGGCGCUCCUCCCGUCAUGGACGGAGAAGUCGACAAGGUUAAGGGCCAACCGGACAAGAAAGCGGAACAGGGACAGGCGUUGCCGCACAUGUCGCAGUACGGCAUGUAUCCGUUCUACUCGCAGACGCAUCAAUACUUGGUGCCGUCGCAGCAACAACAGCAGCAGCAGCAACAAUCCGAGCCGCCCAGCAAAGCCAAGGAGGCGGAGAAACAGAGCGAGAAACUGUCGCAGGAGAAGGACGGAAAAAAAGACGCAUCCGAUUAUCAACAGAAAAUUCUGCAGCAGCAUUACUACCCGUACGGCUACAUGCCAGGCUACCCUUAUAACAUGGAACCGAAUUACGGCGGAAUGUCGAUGAUGCAAGACGACAAACACAAAGAAGACCGGUCGAAGGAGAGUCCGAGCCCGCUGGAUCAGCAACAGCAGCCGCAGGUCAAGCAACCGACACCGAUACCGAACCCGAUCCAAGUGCCGAUGCCGGGCAAGGUCAAGUCUCAGGAAGCCAACAUAAAAGACAAACAUCAAAACGAGAACCAUCAAAUUAUCAAGGAAAGCAUCGAGAUCAAAAACCAGAUGAGCCCGUACAUGUACUCGCGCCAGGCUCAGGCACAGCAGCAGCAACAGCAGCAGGUGGCUGCUCAACAUCACGGCGGUCAGCGCGACGAUGACCCGAGACGGUUUUAUUUGUAUUCUGAGCAAAGGCGUAAAGAACAGCAGCAGCAGCAGCAUCAACAACACCAGCAUCAACAGCAGCAAAACGCAUCCGACCACGUUAAACCGAGCUCGAAUCUAAACAAAAUGUCAGUGACGUCCGGAGGCAUGAAAUCCAAAGAAAUCAAAAUGGAGGAAAAGAAAGAGAAGGAGGUAAAGCAGGAGGGCGUGAAGCCGACGAUGGAAACGCAGGGUCCCCCACCUCCGCCUACAUCUCAGUACGCGUACAUCCACCCGAGUUACAUGCAGUCGACGCCGUACGGGGCUUUACCGUUCGACCCCAGUCACCCGAUGUACCGGGUGAUGGUGCCCGGUCCGUACACCAGCAACCCGUACCUACACCACCAGAUGCCGCGAUACCACGCGCCCGAAGACUUGUCGCGCGCUCAACCGCCGACCAAGGCGCUCGACAUGUUGCAGCACCACGCGCAGUACUAUUCGUCGCACAAGAUACACGAGUUGCAGGAGAGAGCAAUCAAAUCGCCCACACCAAAGACUUCGGCGGCCAGUUCAAGUCCCUCUACUAAUAGCGCGCCCCCUUCCGGACAGUCGCCCGCUCAAAUGAGCGCCCCGCCCACCUCCCAGGCGCCGAACGCGACGCCGUCGAACGGAAAACAGACGCCGGGCGACAAUAAGGACUCUCGUUCGCCCCCGCCCCAGAGACAUGUACAUACCCAUCACCAUACCCACGUCGGACUCGGUUAUCCCAUGUAUCCUGCCCCUUAUGGAGCGGCCGUAUUGGCCAGCCAGCAGGCGGCAGCGGUGACGGUCAUCAACCCUUAUCCGACCAAGUGAAGGAAGAACCCGGACCGAAGGGAGGCAAGCAGUGUCGUAGAGAGACUUAUUAAGCAUUCCAUAUAGAUGUGUCUUGUUAUAUAGUGUGCACUCGCUCAUUUUGUAAUAAUUGUAACGAAUUAAUUUUUCUAUAGGUACACCACAAGCUGUUUUGCAAUGCGGUCGUGUAUUGUAAACGAUUUAUUUUUAACACCGCGGCGGUUCAACUCGAGAGGGCGUGGCCGUCUGGACGCGGCGAGCGUGGGAAAGAAAAGGCGCGCCCUCUCGCGACGACGGCCCGAAGUUCAGUGUAUAUAGUACGAAGGCGUAAUGUCUUUAUCAAAAAGUCAUAUAUAUUAUAGUAAAAAAAGGUAGUAGACUGAUAAUUUACCUGCUCGGGGUAUUCUGUAUUUUUUAUGUCCGAUUCGUCGUUAUCAUUCGCGUUUUCGUCAUCAAUAUGUGGGCACAUGCGUCCAUAAAAAUGCGGUGUAUAUUUAUCAGACGCGUGUCCGUUAGGUAUUACCAAACUAGGUGUUCCGCAAAAUGGAGGAAUAUUCGAAAUUUGUGGCCUUACACCAUGCUUGUAUUUUGUCACUAUCCUGGAAAUAAAGUAUAUCAUAAUAUACAUGAUACUUCGUAAAUCAUGGUUCUCAAAUUCAAAGAGGCGAUUUCUGAUAAAGAACUAAUGAAUUCUAAUGAACAACCAAAAGGAAAGUCUUCCUUUCUUGUCAAGUUUGUAGUUGGUUAAAUAAACAAAAUGUUUAUAAUAAUAAUAAACAAUAAAUAAUUUAUAAUCAAUUUUGAAUUUGAGUUUGUCAAAAAUAUUGGUUGAGCGUCUUGCGGGAUGACGCACAUUAAUAUUGCUUACCCGUUUGGAGCUCAAUUAAGCGCACAAAUAUAUAUAUAUUUUUUGCUUAAAAAUAAAAUAAUCGAAAUAAACUCUGAAUGCGUGUCUAUAAAAGACCUCUUAUAAAGUUAUUGCGAAAUAUCCUCCUGUGAACGACCUGGGCUUGGCGCUUUUAAUAUUCCAUCAAGCUCUUGGAUUUUAUAAUCGAUAUUUUUUGUUUCGACAAACAGGGGCUUAAUUUUUUUGCGAAUCAAAAUUUUUUAAAACUAAUUUACUCACGACGCAUGUGCUUUCUCGUUUAACGCGUUUCAGUUUUAUUGAAACGACAUUAAUUUUAUUAUUAUCUCGGUAAUGUUCCCUUUUUCUUUCUCCUUGUCCUCAUCCUCCCCUCCUUACUUUACGAAUUGCAGUCUGUACAACCUGUAAUAUUCUGUAAAUAAUCCCCACCCACCCUUAUCAUGACAAAAAUAAAGAGAGAAAACAAAAGAUAUUUAUAUGUACGAUUUUUCUUUGCAUGUCCGACAAGAUUCUAAUUUGUUCGUAUGUUGAUUGUUACACAUGCAGGUCCCUUGUGUAUAUUAUUAAUAUUAUUAGGCUAGCGUUUUGUUAUAAUUAUUUUUUAAAUAAAUGUUUAUUUAUAUUGUAAGGCUAUUUUCAAUUUUAGUGUACAUUUGUGAUAAAAUAUAUUAAUCCUAUUUGUGAUGAGACAUUUCAGCUGAUUGGAAGCCGAUAAAAGAAAAAAAGGAGAUAGCAGAAAAUUACCUCCUGUACAGACUACGAGAGGCUUUAAUGUAAAGUUGCUUAAUAAGAAAAAAUA